UUGGAUGUUGGCACAGUCGGUUGUGCUUCGUCUGGGCUCAGGCUCAGUCUGGUUGAACUGAGCUCAGGUCAGGCUCAGUCAUCUCUCUUCUCUCAGGCUCAGUCUCUCUGGACCAGUCUGACUCACAUCCCAUCCAAUGAAUUUUUCCAUAGCAUGCAUGAACAUGUAUGCAAUAUCUUCUAAAAAAUCUGGGAUCCACACCGAUAAGACCAAAAGACGAGGUACCCCUUUCCCUCUUCUUUAAUGUUUAUCAGGUUUAUAUUAGGGUUGCACGAGACCGUUUAAUUCCUCGUUUAUUUUUUCCUGUGGCGGACUUUUUCCUUCUCUCUUCUCUUUUUGACCUGCCACAGGGGUCAAAAAGUCUCGUUUUAAACGGUCUCGUGCAACCCUAGUUUAUAUGUAUUAUUCACAGGAUUCUGUCAUGAGCAGAGGUCGCCUCUAGGGUUCAUAGCCGUUUCCGUUUAUUCGCAAAUAACAAAUUUCACUUCUACAUACUUUCAUCGUUAGGUCAAUUAUAACGUGAAUAAAUUUAUUUACUUGUAAUUAUUCAAAAAUAUUUUUUGAAGAGAAAAAACCUUUCAAAAUUCCCUUUUUUUUACUUUUUUCCCUUUAUUAAAUAAGAAUCCCCCUUUUUUCUUCUCUAUUGUCUCCCUUAUCCUUUUAUUUAUAUAUAUUUUAGCGGCUUUCUUUUUUGUCCUUGUAAUAAUUUUUCUUUUUUUCGUAUCCGUUUUUGUAUGUUUUCCGGCUUUGUUUUUGCUAAUAUACCGAAAAAUAACUAAUUAUUUAUUUAUAUUUUUUCCUUUCAUU